UCUCUCUCUCUCUCUCUCUCUCUCUCUUCUCUCUCUCUCUCUCUCUCUACACCUCUCCUCUCUCUCUCUCUCUCUCUCUCUCUCUCUCUCUCUCUCUCUCUCUCUCUCUCUCUCUGGGUGUCAGCGACUCUCUACAGUCAGUUCGUCUCUUUGUCAGAGAUGGAGAACGGAGCUGAGGACACGGAGUCUCUGUGGGAGUCGGUGGAGAAUAACCGCUACAUCCUGAGCCGCUACAUCUCGCCUGGGAAACUGACCCCCUACCUGCGCCAAUGUAAGGUUCUGGACGAACAGGAUGAAGACGAGGUCUUGAACUCUCUACUGCUGGUCUCUAAGGUCAAUCGCACAGGGCGUCUGCUAGAUAUUCUUCACGGAAAAGGAGAACGAGGUUAUGUGGUUUUCCUGGAGAGUAUUGAGUUCUAUUAUCCGGACCUUUACAAGCUGGUGACUGGCAAGGAACCUACCAGACGCUUCUCCACUAUCGUUGUGGAGGAGGGUCAUGAAGGGUUGACCCAGUUCCUGAUGAAUGAAGUCAUCAAGCUGCAGCAGCAGGCCAAAGCUAAAGACGUCCAGAGAGUUGAUCUCAUUGGGAAACAGCGCACCCUGGAGGAUGAACAGAGGAAACUACGGCUGACCAACCAGGAACUAUCAGCCUUCCAACAGAGAUACAACAAGAUGAAGGAAGAGAGGAACAACUAUAACGACGAGCUGCUGAGGGUGAAGGAUGAGAACUAUAAACUGGCCAUGAGGUACGCAACGCUCAGCGAGGAGAAGAACAUGGCUGUGAUGAGGAGCAGGGACCUGCAGCUGGAGAUUGACCAGCUGAAACACAGACUAAACAAGCUGGAGGAGGAGUGUAAGAUGGAGAGAAGACAGAGUCUGAAACUGAAGAACGACAUCGAGAACCGACCCAGAAAAGAACAGAUCUUCGAACUGGAGAGAGAGAACGAGGUUCUGAAGAUCAAACUGCAGGAGCUGCAAUCUCUCAUACAGCCAGGGCCUCUGCCUGCGUCUGACAAGGCGAUCCUGGACAUUCUGGAACACGACCGUCAGGAGGCGUUAGAAGACAGACAAGACCUGGUCAACAGACUGUACAACCUGCAUGAAGAGAUACGGCAGGCUGAGGAGCUACGAGACAAGUACCUUGAGGAGAAGGAGGACCUGGAACUGAGGAGCUCUACACUACAGAAGGACUGUGAGAUGUACAGGAACAGGAUGAACACAAUCACCAUACAGCUGGAGGAGGUGGAGAAGGAGAGGGACCAGGUAGUACACGCCAGAGAUGAAGCCCAGCACCAAUUCUCUCAGGGUCUGGUUGAUAAAGACAAAUACAGGAAACAGAUCAGAGAGUUGGAGGAGAGGAGUGACGAGCUGCAUACAGAGAUUGUUCAUAAAGAGGCUAAGAUCGUCACGUUGGAGUCCAGACUGAGACGCCUGUCGAAAGAUACUGCUCUGGACCAGAGUUUGCCCAGAGACGUCCCCUCUACCCUCGUCUCUCAGGUGAUGGGGGAGGAGCCUAAAUCUCUUGGCCAAUCAGAGGGCUCCAGUGACGAGUCGUCAGAGGAGAAGUUCUUCCUUCCGGAACCUCGACUCAAGAGACGACCCAACCUGAAAGCAGUGAUUACCAGAGGGAAGUCUCCAGUCUCCAACCCCAGAACUCUGGACCUGCCAAUCAGCACAGAGGACCGUUCAGGUGGGGGUGGAUCAUCUCCUGAUGUGAUGAUGUCAGAGAAUCAGCUGACCAGCACAUGCCCCCCUCCCCCUUCCCCCUCCCCCUUCCCCUCCCCCUUCCCCAUCCGCCCCAAUACAGAGCUGCCCAGCAAGACUACUAUGCUGCGCUACCGUAACGACAGCAUCAUGUCCACCAAUCCCGAGCCGCCAGGAAACGCAUCACUGGUCCGCCGGACGCGAGAGGGAGAGACUGAAUUCCAGCCCCGCGGCCUCUGUGACUUUGAAUAUGAGAGUUUUGACAACAUGGAUUAUGAAGAGGAAAUGGAUACCCGUGGUCCUCCUUCGCUCCACUCCUCCUCUUCCUCCCAUCAGUCAGAAUGUUUAGACUCCUACGACCUGGAGACAGUCAACAACAUUUUCAGGAAACUGUCCUUGGAGAGGCCUUUCCGUCCGUCUCUCUCCUCCUUCUCGAGGGUCAGCUCUUCUCUGCGGCCGGUCCAGGAGCUUUCGUUGCUAGGCGACCAACUGUUGGCUGAUGUCACGCUGGUUGGUGGGAACGACAGUGGAAUCUUUGUGUCGUCUGUCCAAUCAGAGUCCGGCGCUGAGAAGGCGGGGCUACGGGAGGGCCACCACCUCCUUUUGCUGGAGGGCUGUAUCCGCGGGGAGAACCAGAGCGUCUCAUUGGACACCUGCACCCAGGAGGAAGCCCACUGGACGAUGCAACGUUGCUCUGGCCCAAUCCAACUGCACUACCGCGCCAACUUCGAUGGGUACCGGCGGCUGCAGAGUGAUCUAUCGGAGGGAACAGUGACGUCAGGAGACUCAUUCUACAUCAGAAUCAACUUCAACAUCUCUGGCCAAUCAGACACCUGCUCCCUGAGUCUGCUCUGUGACGAGGUGGUCCAUGUCCUGGACACGAUGCACCAGGGGAAGUGGGAGUGGCUUUGCUCCCGGGUCGAACCCUACUCUGGAACCGACCAAUCGGAAAAAGGCACCAUCCCCUCUUACUCACGGGCCCAGCAGCUGCUCCUGGUAAAGAUGCAGAAGCUGGUGUGUCGAGGAGGAAGAGAGGAGAAUGACAGCCUGCGCAACCUCAAGGUACUAACUAGCCCCUAACU